UGCCUUCGUCCAGUUGAUCCCUCCGCUUCCACCUUCUCCCCUCCCCUUCUCCGUAGGGUUUAGCGGCGGGAGGAGAGGUCUCCGGAUGGCGUCGUCCGACGUGUGGGGCGACGACCCGGCCGGCGGGGAGUGGACCACCGUCACUCGCUCCGGCCGGCCCAGCCACGCCGGCGCGGCCGGGCGCUCCCCCAACGCCAAGCGGGCCGCUCCCCGGCCCCCCAAGCCGGCCGCGCCGACGGUGGUCGAGGUCGGCGAGGGGCUGGCGGGGCUCGACGUCGAGGGCGCCAGCCGGACAGGGAGGCUGGACAAGUACGACAUACCGGUGGAGGUGAGCGGCGACGGCGCGCCCGCGCCGGCGGACGGGUUCGAGCAGGCCGGGCUCGCGGAGGCCGUGCUCAGGAACGUGGCCAGGUGCGGCUACGACAACCCCACGCCGGUGCAGCGCUACUCGAUUCCGAUAGUGCUGUCCGGGAGGGACCUCAUGGCGUGCGCGCAGACCGGGUCCGGGAAGACGGCCGCGUUCUGCCUCCCUGUGGUGAGCGGGCUGGUGGCGGCGGCGGCGGAGGGAGGGCAAGGUGGCGGAGGGGGUCGCGGCGACAGGGAUGCGUACGACUACGACUACCGCCGCGCGGCGAGGCCACUCGCUCUCGUGCUCGCGCCCACCAGAGAGCUUGCAGCGCAGAUUAAUGAGGAAGCAAAGAAGUUCGCUCACAAAACUGGACUCAAAGUUAAGGUGGCCUAUGGAGGAACUUCAAUGGUUCAACAGUUACGUGAUAUAGAGAAAGGCGCAGAUAUUCUUGUUGCUACACCUGGGCGCCUUGUGGACAUGAUUGAAAGAGGAAAGAUCUCUCUUGAGGCAAUUAAGUACCUGAUAAUGGACGAGGCUGACAGGAUGCUGGAUAUGGGGUUUGAGCCUCAGAUAAGGAAGAUUGUUGAUGGGAUGGGUAUGCCACGAAAGUCGGUGAGACAAACUAUGCUGUUCAGUGCAACCUUCCCACCAGAAAUACAGAGACUGGCUUCAGACUUUUUGUCAAAGUACAUAUUUAUCACUGUUGGGAGAGUGGGUUCAAGUACUGACCUAAUUACGCAGCAAGUUGAGUUUGUCACUAACGAUGAGAAAAGAACCUACCUGAUAGAUCUCUUACAGAAACAAUCUUUCACUUCAUCUGAUGGCAAGCCUCAGCAGCCUCUAACAUUGGUUUUUGUGGAGACAAAACGAGAAGCUGAUUCAUUGAGGUAUUGGCUAUACAACAAAGGUUUCCCUGCAACAGCGAUCCAUGGUGACAGAACACAAGAGGAGAGGGAAAGCGCACUGAGAUCUUUCAAGUCUGGCUUGACCCCUGUCAUGGUCGCCACUGAUGUAGUCGCGCGAGGCCUGGAUGUUCCUAAUGUUGCUCAUGUCAUCAACUAUGAUCUUCCCAAGAGCAUAGAGGAUUAUGUCCACAGGAUUGGAAGAACUGGGAGAGCUGGAAAUGCUGGGAGUGCCACCGCCUUCUUCACUGAAUCCAACCACCCCAUCGCAAAGGCAUUACUGGAACUGAUGACCGAGGCAAAACAGAAUGUUCCUACCUGGCUAGAGGACUACGCAGGGAAGCCAUUCUAUGGAGGGUCAAGCUUCGGCGGAAGAGGCCGAAGGUCCAAUGGCGAUGGUGGCAGCAGCUUUGGUGGCAGAGAUUAUCGCGGCGGUUCCGGUGGCGGCGGCGAUCGCUACUCCGGUGGUGGUGGUGGUGGUGGUGGUGGUGAUCGCUACUCCGGUGGUGGUGGUGGCAAGAGCUACUCUGGUGGCGGUGGUGGUGACCGCUAUUCUGGUGGUGGUGGUGGUGACCGCUACUCCGGUGGAAGUGGUGGUGACAGCUACUCCGGCGGCGGUGGUGGAAAGAGCUACUCUGGUGGUGGUGGUGGUAGCAGAUACUCCAGUGGCGGGGGCUCCUCCAGGGAAAGUGAUCCACCUCCACGCUACUACCCUUCCUACCCCAUGGGGACAUCAAACAUCAGCGCCUCUGGCUGGGACUAGCCGCGUAGCACCCUCACUUCUCGGUGGUGCACAUACCGUAUAUAUUACUGCUACUAGCUAAAUUAUGUAACGGAACCAAGUAGCGCGUGGCACACCUGAUCUGAGCUCGGUGCCUGCUCGUCCUUUUUGCCUUGUCGAUGGCUGUGUUAUGGUGCACUCAUUGGGGUAGGUUGCAAAUGUUUUUGCUGGGAAGAUGGGAUUUCACAUGGAUGUGGUGGUGAUGAUGAGACUCCACUUGGUGCUUAGAAGUUAAAACUUGUUGGCUAUAUUAUCUUUUAAGAUCGACCUUGCCAUAUGUUUUGCAAAUGGAAGUUUUGUUGGGCUCACUGGCAUUUCGCAUGUUGUGGUCCGGUUAUGCUGGAAUGUCUAGUUGGACUACAUCGAUUUUGACUUUGCCUGUGUCCCUUUGUUGAAGUAGUAAUGCUGAAUGUUUUUGUUUUGCUUCUGUACA